AUGGUUACGCCGCGCCUUCAACCCUUCGACCCUCGACUAUCCAAGCCUCCAAACUACUCACUCGCCCUUCAACCGUCGCCAGCGAGCUUCUGCGACCCUCGUAUCUCUCCUCGACCUCUUGCUGCGGCCGCCGUCACUUGCGCCGACAGCCUGUGUGAAGGAUGGGCACUGCGCAUCCCAACCCAGGCCGGUGUCGCCUUUGAAAACUCCCUGCAGCGCAGAGAAUCACUCUCCACAGGCCUUCCUCGCCUCUCGCUGGCUACGACAAAGGCCCUCGCCGUCUCGCAGGGCGGUUUGGCCUCAGACAUCUUCGCCAGCACCUCGCAGGCCUCGACUCUGGCGGCCUCGAUACCCUACUCCAUCACGCCCAUCGGCAAACCCUCCAGCUUCGACUCGAGAACGCCCGUCUCUGCUCGUCUCGGCCAGCAGCCAAACGGCUCUACCGCGUGCAGCAUGGGCAACGGACAGCAGAGCCAACAGCAGAAUCACCAGAGUCACCAGCAGCAGCAUCAUGGCGGUGCUACUGCCGUUCGCAUGCGGAUGCUGCCCCGGAACACCAGCUACGAGGCGCUACGGAGCAUGCUGCUGUUCGCGAAGAACCUGCUCGAUGCCGAAUUCAUACCCAACGAAUACUCAGAGGACUCGUCCUUCCUGACGGCCGUCGCCCUGUUCGAGACGCGGACGGCGGCUGAGGAGGCGCAGGCGAUGCUGAACGGGAAGCCCAACUCGACAAACGACGCAAACAUGAUAGUCGAGAUUGUAUCGGGGCCGUCGACGUCAGCCAUGAUAUCUCGCCGCAACACCAUCGACCACCUGCCUCGCUCGCUCUCCAUGCUCUCUCCAACCUCGCCGCAUCCCUUCAUGCCGUCUUCUCGUAUGCUCAGCCGGCUGGACGACAUGCACUCCCUGGAUAAUGCGCUGGACGGCUCGUCUAUCGGCAAGCAGUCCUCGGCAUCGACAACCAACGGCGAGCUGCCUGCGCCGGAUACGGGAUCUCGGAUACACUCCCUCUUCUCCUCUCAGUCUCCCGCAGGCAACGGGAUGAACGACCGGCCUCGCGUCUCUGGCAAAUCCGUCAUCGAUCAGGACGUCGAUGAAGACACCGGGGAACUGCUCAAGGAUCCCAUCGCAUACGCUCGCAACGGGCCCAUGGCUCUCCAGCGCCGCUCAACAAACCCGCAGCUGCCCAUGUCGCAGUUCUCUAACCUCUCCCUAACGACAAACAUGUCCUCUCCGCCACUGGCCCCCUUCAGCGCCGGAGCUGGCACUCCAGCUACCAGAAACAUGCCUACGCCCACCAGCGCCGUAUCUACAUUCAGCGGCAGCGGGUCGACUACCCCGUACCACCAGCUUCAGUUCCACCGGCUCAACUACCCGCCGGUCAACCCAGCGGAUCCAGAAUCCUCCCUGCAUUCUCCUGUAUGUCGGCAAUCUACCGCAAGACACCUCGAAGACGAGCUCAAGGCCCUCUUCUCAAGCCAGCGCGGUUACAAGCGCAUUGAUCUUUCGCCAAAAAGCCCAACGGGCCCAUCUGCUUUCGUUGAGUUCGAGGACGUCUCCUUUGCCACCAAAUGCCUGACUGAACUCUACGGCUACGAACUCUCCCAACAGCGUCAAGGGCGGCAUCCGGCUCAGCUUCUCCAAGAACCCCCUGGGGCGUCCGCAAUGGCCAACCAGGCAGCAUCCACCCUGCUAACUCCAUGA